AUGAAGACGACUUUCAUAUUGAUUUUGUUUGGUCUUGGAGUAUGUUUGGCCAAUCCUUUGGAGAAAAAGGAAAAGAUAAGCGUCAUCGAGCAGCAGUCUGUAACGCUCACAGAUCGAGCUAAGUACGAGGAGGAACUUGUUCGUAAACUCAACUCAAAAUGCUCUCAGAAUGAUAUCAGCAGUUGUGUGAUGUUGAAGUUGGUGACGUACAUGAACAAGUUGUUGAAGAAGGCUUCGAUCGAGCUCACGGACGAUAUCGAGAUCAGAAAGACGAGUCAGACGUCGGAAGAUGUAAUCACGUUCGAGGCCGGCAGAAGCAAGGACGACGAGAUUCAAGUCCUUGAUCUUGUCGCGAAUAAAGUUUACACCUUCAUCAAAUCGAGAAGUAUUAAAUGGAGAAUUCUACCUGAAGAUGAUAUUGUUGUAUCCGCAUCGGAAGAUGAGACCGGUUCGUUAAACUUGGGUCUGUCUAUUGAACGCGCUGACAGACCCAUUCAAGAAGGCCGUGGAAAGAAGAACAAUAUGGGUCCAUUGAUUGCUGCGGCCGUAUUGAAGAUUGGUCUCAUCGGCGGUCUAGCGUUCAAGGCUCUCGCCCUCCUAGUCGGCAAAGCUCUUCUAUUGUCGAAGAUCGCGCUUCUAUUGGCUAGUAUUAUAGGCCUAAAGAAACUCUUCUCGCAAGGGAAACACGUAACCUAUGAAGUGGUAGCGCAUCCACAUCACGGCUCGAGCCAUUCGUUCGAUCAUGGUCAUGGUGAUAGUUACUCCAGCGGGUGGGCAAGAAGUUAUCACGAACAAACGCCGAUUCCUGGGCAGCCAGAUGCUCAUGAGCUGGCUUAUGCGGCGCACGUAAAGUGA